AUUUUUCAAAGUUUUCCGCCAGCAGCAGAUGUACGCGCAUGAGUCGUUGCCAGUGGCGCGCAGCUACGUAAUCAAGUAUCAAACAAUCGUUGUUCAGUUAUAUAUACAGCUGUUCUCUCUCGCGUGUCCGAGUGAGACCUGACAUGGGCUGAUCUUGCCCCUUCGUCGAAUUGCAGUAGUAAGGAACAUGCCAUCGUCGGCUCCGACUCGGCUAUGACCACAGUGUAUUCCUCGAACAUGCUACUGGAGAUUCUGUUUCGUGUAUUCCUGGCGAUCGUCAAUAUAGAGCUGGAACAUGCAGAACCUUUCAACAGAAAAAUUCAUGAAAAUGAAUUGUGGUUGUAUAAAAAUCCUCGCGUCGAGUCCUAUGUACCUGCUUCAACACUAUGGGCGGUGAUAAUUAUUGUUCCCUUAGCUGUAAUUCUACUUAUAAUGUUACUACAAAAAGAGAAAGGUGACUUUUCUCAGGCUGUGCUGUCAUUCACUUUAUCAUUAGGAUUUACUGGAGUCUUAACUAACAUAUUGAAAAUAAUUGUGGGAAGGCCAAGGCCAGAUUACUUUUAUAGGUGUUUUCCAGACGGCCAGGUGAAUUUUGAAUUUGAAUGUACAGGAGACCCAUCAGUGAUAAGAGAUGGAAAGAAGUCAUUUCCCAGUGGACAUUCCUCACUGGCGUUCGCGAGUUUUGGCUUCGUAGCAUUGUAUUUAGCCGGUAAACUUCAUACUUUCAGCUGGAAUGGUAAAGGACAAUCAUGGAAAUUAUUCCUGUUUGUGCUUCCCCUUGGCACGGCACUAGCAAUAGCUGUCAGUCGCACCUGUGAUUAUCAUCAUCAUUGGCAAGAUGUUAUGAUUGGUUCAGCACUGGGUUUUGUAUUAACAUUCCUGUGUUACCGACACUAUUAUCCACCCUUGGAUUCUUUAGUCUGUCACAAACCAUACGCGUCUCUUAUGAACCAAGUGGAGCACAAGGAAUUAAAAACCACAAGGAUAGAAUUAAAUAAGUGGACAUGAAAUUGCAUCUAUUCGAGCACCAAACAAAAAUCCUAAUUGAUGUUUUCCUAAUUCUUGUACAUAAAUGUGAUUAUAAUUUCCAAAGUAUUUUUAUUAUUUAAAAUGAAUACACAUAUUUUGUACAUACAAAAAUAAAUGUGAUUCGAUAUAUUAUUUCCAAUAUAUCGAAGAUUUUAACAUAUCCAUAGUUGUUUGUUUUCUAUACAUGAACUAUGCACUUUUCUGUUUUCAUCAUUUUAAGAAUUCAUAAUUUCACUUUAAACUGAAUCAUUUCUUCUUACUACAAAAGGGGCUUCAAUUGAAUUUCUAUAUGAGUUGGUAAACGCAACAUUAAAAAAUUAUCACAUUAAAAUCAUUAUUAAUCAUAAUUCAUAACGUUAAAUGAUUUGAAAUUAAUAAUUUAAAUUGAAAAUAAAAAGGAUUAAUAAAUGUAUGAGAUAUUGAUCAUUUCUACUAGUAUCAUUUUAUAUUAUUAAAAAAGUUAAUAUAAGCAAGAAAACGUCAUAUGCUAUAUGUCAAUAUUCUUUACAAAGAAAUUUAAUCUUAAAAUUUGUUAUCACACGUGUCGUAAUAAUCACGUUGUACAUUGUGCGAUCAUUAUUAAUAAAAUUACCAUUACUCUAUCAAACAUAAAAUAAAUAAAAUAAAAUUGAAACAAUGAACGCUACUUACACAUAGAGGAAAAGAUCCUAUUGAAUUC